UCCCGUCUGCAGUGAUCGGAUGCAACGGUUGCGGCGCAGAUUCGGUCCAUCGGCGCAUAUAUUCGAAAUAAAAACCAUCAUCAACAACAACAACAACAACAACAACAACAACAGCAGCAGCAGCAGCAGCAGCAGCCGUAAACAAUAAUAACGUCGGCGCACCAGCGGCAGCAGCAGAAGCAAAAGAGCCAAAACACGCGGUGCGCGCGUACACAAAACGCCACGCCGCCGCCGUCUACGAGUAGCAGCAGCAGCGCCAGCACCAGCAGGCAGGCCUGUCGGCUGUGCCACGCUAUUAUAACUUCGGUACGGCCGUUCACGUUUAGACGUUUAGUGUUGGAACUGCCCCGGUGAGCAAGCGAACGGCAAGGCGGCGGCGCGCUGCGACCCGCGCGCGCACAAACACACACACACACACGCAAGCGCGCGAUCGGCGCACGCACACACACACGCACACACACACAUACACACGGCCACGAUAUAUAUUAUUAUAUCAGUAGUGCUCUAUCGCAAAAAUGACAGGAAGACGAAUUGUGGUAAUGGCCAGACAUGGCGAAAGCGAAUGGUCUAAAAACAACGUGUUUUGUGGGUGGUACGAUUCACAUUUGUCUGAUCGAGGUAUGAAUGAAGCUAUCGAAUGCGCAGAAUUGUUGAAACAAUCAAAUUAUAAAUUCGACAAAGCUUAUACAUCUUUGUUGACUAGAGCUCACCAAACUUUAAACAUAAUCACUCAAACCAUUGGUCAGCCAAAUUUACCAGUAGAAGAAUCAUGGAGAUUAAACGAAAGACAUUACGGAGCUUUGACCGGAUUUAAUAAAGCUGAAGUAGCUGAAAAAUAUGGCGAAAAUCAGGUACAAAUUUGGAGACGAAGUUUUGAUGUUCUUCCACCAGUGAUGGACAAGUCACAUGCAUAUUAUAUGGACAUUUGGUGUCACCCAAAAAUCGUGGCUCACUCAUACACCACAAGUGAAAAAUUCCCUUCUACUGAAUCACUCAAAGAGACAAUGGAGAGGGUUAUACCUUAUUGGGAUGAUUUUAUCGUGCCUAAUAUUAAACGAGGACAACGAAUUUUAAUCGUGGCUCAUGGUACAGUUUUGCGAAGUCUUGUCAAGUACUUAGAUGGAGUAUCAGAUAAUGAUAUUUGCUCAAUAAACAUCCCUUCGGGUAUUCCAUUCGUUUACGAAUUUGAUGAUGAUAUGAAAGUUUUGUCUUCGAAACAAUUUUUGGGUGAUAAAAAACGAAUCGAAGAAGGAAUAGCAAGAGCUGCAUCAAUCGGUUCCCAUUAAACUGCCAAUUAUGAAAUCGACUUCAGCAAAUGACUAUUUUUAAUUUGGAAUUUUGUCAGAUAUUUGCUAAUUAUUUAUUAUGUUUUAUUUAAUUUUAUAAGUUAAUUUUUAAAUAUAUAA